AAUACAUUAAAACAGUCACAGAAAUCGCUUGAUUAUUAUAAAUACAACGUCGUACAUAAAGAUGCAUCUUACGAUAACAAUUCAAAACAAUCAUUACAUAGCAUUGAUAUAAUAAAGAUUGCCAACAAUACGAUAGCUAAUAACAACAACAGUUCUAAACAAUAUAAUGCAACAGUAAACAAUGAUAUAUUUCACAAAUUGAACACAAGCCAUAGAAGUUUCUUAGAAAAUGAAAUCACCCCUAAUAUAGUAUUCAAGGAUACAAAAUGUGGAAAGGUGUGUCGAUUAAAACACCUGCUUAAGAGCAUCUUUCACAAACUAAACAAUAAUGAAACUAUGGGCAAUACUAAAAGGGAAUAUCAAUUAAUUGCAACCAUGAAAACCUUAUUUAGUAAUACUGUUCCAAAAUAUAGCAUUCCAAAAUCUAGAAGGAUUUCGUAUAAAAGUAUAAAGCGAACAUUAUGCAGGACCAUUGGUACAUGCGGAUCGGACUUUAAAAAUAAAUUCGUCCAGUUAAAGAUAGAGGAAUUAAAACAAGAAAGCAAAGUCUUAAUAAAAUCUAUUGCAGUUUUACGUACAUUGUUAUCGCAUUUAAAAAAAUCUAAAAAUGUGUCUCUUGUUGGGAACAGUUUUGACAAUGAUGUGGACAAAUUUAAGCAGAUAUUGAUAGAUUAUUAUCAAAACAGAAAUUUAACGAUUACCAGUGACGUAGAAAAAUUACAAAUUCAAUAUAUCACAAAUACCAUCGACACUUUCGUAAAAUCUUUAGAAAAAUUUGCAUUAAUUUUGGAUGAUCUUAUUAAAAUAACAGAAAAACAAAAAGCGAAAAAGGAUCUACAUCGAUACAGAUAUACCACAAACUGGGAACCUAACACACAGAGAUUUAAUAAAAAAAAAGAUACUCUUGAUACCAAACUGGUUCAAAUUAAAAAUAUCUUGAAUAAUUUCAAUUCACUUCAGAAUAGGUUUAUGAAUAAAAUUUAUGCUAUAUUAUCAAGCCUACAGACUAAUAACACAAAAGUUAGUAACAUAAGGAAAAAAUCAAUUGAAGAAAAUUCUAAAAGAAUAAUUCUAAAUCUUAAGAGACUUAAAAAUAUAAAUCUUAACACGAAUAUCACAACAAGAAGAAAAAGAGAAGCCAUGAAUGAUGAUGCCGCUAUAGAUUAUUUGUUAAUGUUAAUGGAAUAUUUGAUGAAGAACAAUAAACCUGUAAAUGUCUCUCCAGUUAACGAUGGAAUUGACCUUCUCAUAGAAGCUAUUAAAAAUGCACCAGAUAUGAAACCAAUCAAGACUUCACCGAUAACAUUCCAUCACUUGCAACAUAGAACAAAACGACCAUUUCCAACUCGUACCAACAUGCCUAGUACGACACGCAAAUACAAAUAUCAUAAUUUACAUAGAGGCCGCACAACUACAGUGACUGAAAAUUAUUUUUCACAUAAGAAUAAUACAACAAAAGCUGAUAUAUAUCAUCAUAAAGUAACCACAUUACCCGUAUACAUUCAUAAAUACGAAGAGGAAGGAGAAAGUAAAGUAGAUAAUUUGGAAAGAAAAAAUUUCAUUUCUAAAUUCGAAGUUUUUAAUGACGAUGAUGAUUAUGACAAUAAUAUUAUCGCAUCCGCAAAAAUAAAAAAUGAAACAGGUGUAUCUCCAAACGAAACAAAUAAUAUGAACACGAAUAAAAUGGACGAUAAAAUAUGGAGCGACGAUAACGAGAAGGAAAGUAAUUACUCUUCACUGAACUGGUCAAAGGACAAUUUAGAGGAAGAAUUUAACAUUGCAUCAACAACGUCGGAAAAAACUGUGACGAGAACUCACAAAACUUACGUUACGAGGACAUCAAAAAAAAUCAACGACAGAGACCUACAUCCUGUUAGUAGCAUGUCUGCGGAUGAUAGCCCUGAAUAUAAAACUGUAAGGAAGCAUAAUAACGAAGAUGAAAUUAAGAUGAAUAUAUUUGAGUCAUCCGAUUACAACACAGAAAAGACAGAUAUGGAGUCAGAUUCAAAAGAGGAUAAAAAUAACGAUAACUUCCUAUCAGAUUUCGCGUGAUUUGUAUAAUAAUAUAAACUGUGAUAUACUCAUCUACCUAAUUAUUAUUUAUUAUAAUGUUUAAAUACUUCAUUUAAUUGUAUAUAAUCCAGUAAGCUUAUUAUUAUAAUUAAAUACAAAGAAUUAAACACACAAAGAG